GUCUUUACUGCUAGUAAAUAAACUUCUCGAAUUACGUAACGUAACUCAGGUCAGGAAUGGUUGUCGAAGUGGUUUCCGCUCUCUCAGCGAAGGCGGCCGUAGGGCUCCGUGCACCGACCCCGAGCCGCUCUGUCCGUGCCCCGAGGUGUAAGCCGGGGAGCGCUCGCUGAGCCGUAGCACUGCAGGCAGGCAGCGGUCCGCCGCGGCAGGGCACUGUGAGUGAGGCGCAGCCGCCCACCCGCGCUCCCCGUCCGCCUUUCGCUUUCGCUUUCGUUUCUGGCCCGGCGCCGCUUCUGUGGGAAACGGGGUUGGAGCUGCGUCAUCAUAGCACUGCGCUGUUCCUCGCGGCGGUGCGGCCCGGCACGGCGGCGGAGACAGCGGAGGAAUCUGCUGAGAAAUCCUUCAUCACUAAACUCGCCGUUCUACUUUCUGAAUCUAUAAUCUCGAUAUUGCACCGAGAUGGACCGAGAGUGUAUGAGCAAGCUCAACAGCUACUGCCAGAGGAAUAAGUACAAGCUCGACUACAUUGACGUGGACAUGAGAGGCCCAUCUCAUGACCCCGAGUUUACAGUUACGGUUAGAAUAGAUAAUAAAGAAUAUGGUACAGGCACUGGUAAAAGUAAGAAGGAUGCAAAAGCAGCAGCAGCAAAAAAAACGUGGGACAUGAUUGUACAAAAGCAAGGUAGUCCUUCAAAUGUGCAUGCUCCAGAUCCAGUGACAUCUCCUCUUCCUGUGGAUGUGCUACCUACAUUUGACUACGUCAGCCUGCUAAAUAAGUACUCACAAAGGACAUUGCAGCUAGUUGAUUACAAUAACAUAAACCGUACCGGAGACGCCCAUGCUCCAAUGUAUUCUUGUAGCUGUACAAUUAGUGGUCACGUAUAUGGAAAUGGCAUUGGAAACUCUCUAGCUGCUGCGAAACAAGCUGCUGCAAAAGAAGCAUAUAGAGUGUUACGGGAGCAAGAACCUUCAAGACUGAAAAGUGAAAACUCUAGUUCUAUACUUUGUGAACUUAGUAAUUCCUCUGGAGAGCAGAGUCAGUCUGAGUCAUGGGGAAUUACCUUUAAAGACUCAGCUACAAACUUGACAAAAAAAGCAAAAGACAUGUCUCUAUCUGAAGAGCCUACAAAUUCUAAGAGAAAUGCGCCAAGUUCUGCCAUAAAAUCCAAAAGAGUAUUGGCACCUAAUUUUAAUAACGCAAGAAACAAGUCGGAAAAAGUGAUGUCAAAUACCUGCAGAAAUAAGAGUGAGGCAGAUAAUAUUUAUACUGUGGAUGAAAGGUAAGAAGGAGUUUUUUCUAA